AUGGAUAUGCUCAGUGCAUCAUCGCACUAUGUCGAGCUUUGCAUCAAUGAGACGAUUCGCCAAGCUACGUCAAGCGAUCCUCUACUCCCGGCAUCAACGUCUACCAAUGUUGGUAGUAAUACGCCUGGAUUCGAACCCGUUGAGUGCCUGUGGCGAAUCCUUCAUGCCGCCAAGGCUUGGCUAGACUGCUUCCAUACUGUCUCGCCCUCUCUGUACAUAGGUUUCCCCUUCUUUUAUUGGUUUCAACUUGUGCGCUGCCUGGUUAUCUUGAAACACUUGUCUGUUUUCGAGGACCCUGCCUGGGAUCGAGUAGCUGUGUAUAGCACAAUCGACCUCCUGGCGGUGUUGGACUGGAUGGCUACGAAGUCCGAUUUGGCGAGCAAGGCAGCCGGUGAACAGUCUGAUAGUGACAUGUUCCGGCAGGUGUCCAAGUGCCUACGCCUGAGCCAGAUGUGGGUGGCAGCAAAACGGGAUGCGGCGGCCUCUUCUGCACAAGGGCCAGCUUCGCUCCCUUGCGACGAGGCUCAUUUGACGGACUUUGACCAGGCACCCUGGAUGGACGAGUUGGAAAGAGGAAAUGAAUCGUGGAUAGAAGAGUUUUUCGAUUGGUCUCCGGGGACGCUGUAG